UGUCUUUCAUCGCAAAGUUGCCAUAUCGCAGUGUUCUUUAUUCAUUGUUUUCUUUUCUCGGAAGCGUCGGGUUGUUAAAUUGCCAAUAAAUUAAUAUUUUAGUGUAUAAUUCGCUAUGAAAAAGUAUGAAAUAAAUGUGUAUGUGUCAUUGUUGUGAUUGUGCACGCUCGAAAGCAGAAUAAAACAUGAAUGAGAUUAAUACAUAGUCUCCAAUUGAACUUUGUUUUUGAGGCUUUCUGUUUGCCUGUAGAUCAAGCCAAGGAAAAGAACUCGAUGCCGUACUAGCUGCUGAGGAAUUUAGCUGAAGGAGUGGCCAAGGAAGAAAAAUUCCUUUAGUAUAGAUAGAUUCAUUCUUUGCUUCAUAUCUUCGCACUCAUUUUCAUUCAGUUAGUUCUUAACGAUUGCCUCGACUAUUGUGGCUUAAGGAUUUACAAAAACAAUAACAGAACACAUUAAUUUAAUGUAAAAUUGGUAGUGGUGGCAGGAAAGAAAGUAUCUUCCCAACAUGUCCUUAGAUUUGACAACAUUGUGUCGCACCUGCAUGGAUGGUGACAGCAAGUACUAUCAACUUUUGGAUUAUGUCGAUGAGCAUACCAUUUUAGAAAUGUUACAUGAAAUUGUGCCACAAAUUCACAUCGACCACGAGGAGGACACUGAUUUGUCGACAAUAAUUUGUGAAAAUUGUGUCGAUAAACUGGUGACAAGUUAUAAAUUCCAACAGAUGUGUAUGGACACCGACCAUCAGUUACGUCAAUUAAUUGUGGCCUCAACGGAACUCAUUGUGGACACUAGAGAAAAUGAAUGGCAUAGCGAUGUGGUGGAAUAUAAGGUGAAUGAUGUGGUGGAUGAAAUGAAAAUAGAAUUAUACGAUUUGGAUGAGAAUUUUGCCGAUGUAAAUUAUGUAAAGGAUGUUGGAGGUAAAAAUUACAUGGAUGCCGCAGAAGAACCCGUAGCGGAAGAGCUUAUUGUGGAAACCGAUGGCGAGUCUUCGGACUUUGACCAAGAUAAUGAAUAUGUUGGAAAAAGUAAAUUGGAGGGAACAGAACCCUUUAAAAUAGUCAAACAAAUGUCUAGAAAGAAAUAUAUCUGCUCGUAUUGUGGAAAAUUCUUUGAUCGAAUUACCCGUAUCGAACAUCAUUUGUACAUUAAACAUAAAUACAAUUUAUCGGAUCUGAGGACGUAUGUACAGCAAUUGGUAAACAAGGAUGAUGAUGAUGCCCCAUUGAGUUGUGAGGAGAGUUUGAUAGUAAGUCCUAAACAUUUUCCGAGUGAAGAAUUAAAAGAGCAGAGUUAUGGCAUUGAAUCGAAUAAACAAAAGAAAAUACAAAUCCAAAAAGAGAAUACAAAUCCGAGUACAAACUUUGAUGAAGAAACCGGGCAAGAAAUUAUGGACUAUUUCGAGGAAAUCAUAGAAGAUAAUGAAGCCGAAAGUAUGACCUAUUUGGAUAAUGAAGAUGAAAGUAAGAGCAAUUUCGAUAACGAGGGCGAAAGCAAUACCUAUUUGGAAAUUGAUCAAUGUCCUGAUAUGGGUGAUACGAACUCUGCCAUUAUGAAUGAGCCAGACGAAUCAGUUGAUUAUAUGGACAACAAUUUUAAUGAGAUUGAACGACCAAAACCCCGUGGCGGCGGCCAUUAUCCUUGUGAAGUUUGUGGCAAAGUUUUCAACAACCCCUCACGUUUACGCCGUCAUAGUCCUGUCCAUUCAUUGGACAAACCGUAUGCCUGUGAAAUAUGUAAACAUCGUUUCACCUCCCUAUAUUAUUUGAAAAUACACAAGGAGUCACACAACAAAGAUCACAACAAUGAAUCCGUUCCUCCAGCCGAUGGUUAUAAAUGCCCAGAAUGUCCAAAACGUUUUCAAAAUCAACCUGCCUUGGCCUCGCACCGUCAGGUGCAUAGCCGCAAGUUGUUGGCACGCAAUGUUAUUUGUGACAUUUGCCAAAAGGGAUUUUUGACCACCAAAACAUUGGUGGAUCACAUCAAAGCAAGACAUCCAAAUGCCAAAAAAUACCAGUGUGAUCAAUGUGAUAAGAAAUUCCUCUUGGAGGAGCGUUUAAUGAGGCAUAUGGCAACGCACAAGGAUUUGAUGUGUAGCAUAUGCAACAAGGAAUUUACAUCGGAGCCGACAUUGAAGGAACACAUGAACAUCCAUUCGGGAGCAUGUCCCUAUCUCUGUUCAGAGUGUGGCAAGGCAUUCAAAUUUGCCAGCAGUUUGCGCAAACACAUCGAACGGCAUUCAGAUGUUAGCAAACAUCAGUGUCCACAGUGCCCGAGAAGUUUCAAGUGUCGCAGCGAUUUGAAUAAACACAUUAAAAUCCAUUUGGGUUUGAAACCAUAUAAAUGUGAUAUAUGCAAUUCGAAAUUUACACGGGCGUUCAAUUUGGAGCAACACAAACGUUUGCAUGGUGAGCAGAGUUUGCAUAAAUGCGAAGUUUGUGGGGUAACAUUUUCCUCAUUAAAUCACCUAAAGCGCCAUGUGAAAACUCAUACAUCUGUGAAGGAGGAUCAUGAAAUUGAGGAGUUUUAAAAGUAAAUAAAAAAGAAAUUUAAAAAAAGAAUGUUGUUUUAGCUAU